GGUUGGGCUUUGAGAGCGUGAACCUCCUCCUCCUCCCCCCGCAGAGUGAUUGCUUCUUCAUCUCAGGAUUUCAUCAUCCUCAAGACGAACUUGGAAGGGUUGGCAAAGGCUCUCUCUCUCUCGCACGCGCGCGAUACGGACGAACGCACGUGGUGGGGACCAACGACUGGGAAGGGAGACAAUACUGCUCUGGGCUCCAACUAGAAGACAACCGGAACAGAUACUUUGCAGCGUUUGGAUUCCCCUGUCAUCUUGAAACGCCAAGGGAUAUGUUCGUUCAGUUCGUCGUUUUAAACGUCUGCAAGUAUGGCAGGGCACCAGCAAAGAAAUUGCUGCUGAAAGUGGAAAAGGGCAAGGUAGCACGAAAUAGUUUUCCACUGCGCUUACAUUUCACCUCAUCGAGGACGGUUUUGUGGGACAAUUUUGGUGCCUGGAACAUUGGGGACGAGGUCAUUCUUCCUUCUGCUGAAACCAUGGCUGGAAAGUCAAGGUACCGACCACAUUUGAGAAACGUGGGUUGCACAAGCCAGACAGGCGUACGAUCGACCAACGAGGACCGUUAUGCCUUGUCAGAGGUCUCCAACAAUGUGCUCUGCUUGGCUGUGUUUGAUGGACACGGAGGCCCCGCAGCUGCCAAUUUCUGCAGCAAAUAUAUGGCCAAACACCUCCGGAAGUACCUUCAGAAAGAGGAAAACUUGGAGCUGGUUUUGUCUAAGUCCUUCCUGGCGGUUGACCGGGAGUUUACAAGACGUGUGACUCUCUCCCAGGAAGCGGAGCUGCUGAGGAGCGGAUCGACGGCCACUGUGGCAUUGCUGCGUGACGGCCAGGAGCUGGCAGUGGGCAGCGUGGGUGACAGCCGCGCCGUACUGUGCCGUCGCGGCAAAGCCAUGGGGCUGACGAAGGAUCACACUGCCCAGCGCAAGGACGAGAGGACUCGAGUUAAGGCGUGUGGAGGGUUCGUGACCUGGAGCACCACUGGCCACUCUCGCAUCAACGGCACGCUGGCCAUGACACGCAGCAUCGGAGACAUUGCUCUCAAGCCCUACGGAGUCAUUGCCGAUCCUGAGAUACAGCAACUGCAGCUGAACCAUGAAGAUGACAGCUUCCUGGUCCUCACCACUGACGGCAUCAACUUUAUCAUGAACAACCAAGAAGUGUGUGAUGCAGUGAGCAGUUCGCACACUCCUGGAGAGGCUGCCCACCUCAUCACCGAUUCAGCACUGCAGUACGGCUCCGACGACAACGCCACGGCUGUGGUUAUCUCAUUGGGCGCAUGGAGGAAAUUCAUCAAGGUUCAGACACAUGCCACGUUCCUCCCUAGAGUUGUCUCUGGUGGGCGCUGGGCAUGAAAACAAGAGGCCCACGCUGGUUAGCACCAUUACGAGCGAAACCAAAUCCACAUCAAGGUGAAUUUUCCUGUAAAAAUACGUGCUUUAUAAACUAUAUUUGGAAAAUAGAGCAAAAUUAACUAUGAUAUAGCACGAACACAUGCUAUCUCAUAGUUAUGUUUUCCCAAGUACAAUCAACAGAUUAACCAAAAUGUAGUCUAUUCUGGGUUUCUGUAUGAUUUGGCACUUUGAGCAGUGCUUGCUUGAUCGGACUUUGGACAGUUUCAGGAAGAUAUUCAUCGAACCGUUGGCUUACGGACUUCGCCAUACCUUGGUACUCUGCCUUAUAAAACUGCAUUACUGAACAUCUAUGAAAAAAUAUAUUCAUAGCUCAUCGGAUUUCACCAGAAUAAAUACAGAUUCUGUAUUAUCUAGAUUGUAACCAUAAGCUUACGAAGCAGAAUACAAGAUUAACAAAUAAGACCGUUGGAUAGUUUUAGUUUUUCCAUGGUAAAGGUUGCUAUUUAAACGUUACCUUUAACAAGUUUCACUUAUUGUGGUACAUUACGUUUUUUCAAAGGUCCACUUUGCAUUUACUUAACACCUUGGUGCAACUAGUUUUAAAUAUAGCAUUUGUAAAUAAUUAUAACUCUCUCGGAUAUGCAUUUGGGUGGUGUGAUAAGAUUUCGUAGUUUUGCUUUGUUAAAUGUUAAUGCAGUGGAAGAGUUGUUUAGCGCACUGCACCAUGCACUCGGGACACCUGAGUUUGAUACCUGACCAUGGUUAACACCAAUGGCAAGUGAUAACCGAUUCAGUUAUGGACUCCAAUCCCCCCAACAAAACUUGAGAAUCUUGACCGACACGAGACUUCAUCCAGGAGUGACUUGACAAUCAACUAUUUAGUGUUAAGAAAAUAAUACACACGUACAGGUAUGUCUAUAUACUUAUCUGCAGUAUCAUUUACCAGUUCACCUGGUAUCUGCUUUAGUCUGUGUACAUUGGUUAAGAGGUGUUGCAUUGUACAUGAUGUUCAGCAGCAUUGUUGGUCUGAAUUUUUAUUUUGAAUACUGUAUAUUGUACAAUAAACAUUUUUACAACUUGU